GCUUCACUGAGUAGUCAGAGAUACUUGGAGAGGGAAAAGCAAAGCAAAAGGCAGCCCUUGCUUUUUUGUUUCUGCCAAGCUCUGAAAACUCUUGGGAAACAGAAACCUGAUGGAUUAAGGACUGUGUGGAGAACCAGUAAAGCAGAUUUCCAAGGAUAAGUUGCAGAUUGAAGAAGAACAGUGCCCAAAAGGAAAUAUUCACUAAGAUUUCUUCCUUGGUGCAGAGAAAGUGUUUGGGGAUCUCUGAUAUUUCAACCUCUGAACCAGCUUCUCUGUAGGGGACAUAUGGGACUUAAGAAGGGCAGCCGACAGGGAGCCUCUGAGGUGAAGCAGGCGUGUCCUGGGCACAGGCAGAAGGACCCGUUUAUCAACUCUUUUCUCUAGUUUGCAAUCAUGGUGAAGAUUUUUAAAAUGCAAGUGUGUGUGUUCCCUCCUGCAACCAUUGGCUUUAGCAGCUGAACUGGCAGAAGGCACUGACGAGUGUGUGGCUGGACCAGGGCUCUGUUGCCCCAGCCAUGAGACAGCACACCUGGUUCCCCUUGCAGUACAUUCCCAAGCCCUUCUGGAGAGCGGAGAACCACAACACGACCAACUUCUUCUCUGCACUGUAUGGCUUCCCUAACCAGUCCUUCUUCCACAGUGACUUGAACCUGGAGGACCUGGGGGACUUUGAUAGUGGAGCAAAGUAUGAGGGUGAGUCCCAGAGCAGGACGGUGAAGGCGCUGCUGAUUGUCGCCUACUCUGUGAUCAUCUGCAUCUCUCUCUUCGGCAACAUCCUGGUGUGCCACGUGGUCGUCAAGAACAAGAGGAUGCACUCUGCCACCAACCUCUUCAUCGUAAAUCUGGCCGUUGCUGACGUGAUGAUCACCACCCUGAACACCCCCUUCACCCUGGUGAGGUUUGUGAGCAGCACCUGGCUUUUUGGAAAGCUGAUGUGUCAUAUCAGCCGGUUUGUUCAGUACUGCUCUGUCCACGUGUCUGUGCUGACCCUUGCUGCCAUUGCACUGGACCGGCACCAGGUGAUCAUGCACCCUCUCAAGCCACGCAUGUCCACAGUGAAAGGAGGGAUUUGCAUCCUCAUCAUCUGGGUUAUGGCCAGCUGCUUCUCACUGCCUCACGCCAUUUAUCAGACUCUGACGAGGUUUUAUAUUGGAAACAGAACCAUCCGGAUGGUCUGCCUCCCCAGCUUCCCUCCUCCUGCUGAUCUUUUUUGGAAGUAUUUGGACCUGACUACAUUUGUUCUCUUGUAUGUCCUGCCCUUGCUUGUGAUCUCCAUCACAUACACCAUAGUGGCCAAAAAGCUCUGGCUGAGGAAUGCCAUUGGGGACCUCACCAUGGAGCAGUACUACGCCCAUCAGCGGAAGAAGAAGAUGACGCUGAAGAUGCUGAUGGUGGUGGUGGUUGUGUUUGCCGUGUGCUGGUUUCCCCUGAACUGCUACGUGGUGCUCAUCUCCUGCAGGGCCAUCCACAGCAGCAACGCUCUGUACUUCGCUUUUCACUGGUUCGCCAUGAGCAGCACCUGCUACAACCCCUUCAUCUACUGCUGGCUGAACGAGAGCUUCCGCACGGAGCUCCGGUCCCUGCUGUGCGUGUGCCGGCGCAGGAGCAUGGCUCAGGGGCACGCUCUGCAGCCCAUCUCCCCGCUGUUCCAGCACACCAAGGCUGAAAACUGCCAGUACAAAAGAAGCAGCACAUGCCAGAAGGCACAGACACCCUCCAAGAGGCACUCCACAAAGACAGACAUAACCAGCGUGCAGCCGAUUGUGGCAGAAAGCUGAACCCUUCAUCUGACAGCUGGGCAGCACCCCAUAGGGGAUCAAAAUCAUGGGGAUCAGCAAAAUCAUGGGGAAAACGGGUUGGGAAAGGGCUCUGGAGACCAUUAAGUCAACCUUCUGCCCAAACCAUUUGACUGGGUCAUUCUGGACCUUAUUCUCUCAGGUAUCAAAAUUCUCUAGGGAUGAAUUGCCCACUUGUGCACUCCAGAAUGAGGGGUAUUGAGUGAAUUUUUCAUUGGAACAGCCAGCAAAAAUGAAAGUAAUUAUUUAACAGCACACGAAGCCUUUCAUGGUCUAAGCAAACAUGAGGAAGGUGCACUGGUUAUACACACACUAGCUACCCACUGUGGCUUGGUGUAAAGCUGUUAGGGCUUCAGCUUUGUGAAUUGACAUUUCUGUGGCACAAAAUCUAAAUUAUUUUCACUUUCAAUAGUAUUUUAUUUUUCACCAGUCCUCAAGAAGUGUGUCCUUUGUGGCUUCCCUGCCAGCCUGGCAGCCCUUCCCCAUUGAGUCAGCCUGUCUCCCUGUCCUGUAGUUAUCCUGUGGGCAGCAGCAACCUUUCAGCAGUUACGGAACUGGGGGUUCUGCCUUUGUCUGAGGUGGAACCAGCAUUGUGUUGGUUCUGUCACAACGCAAUAAACCAGGUUUUCAACCCAAAAUGCAGGAGAUGGAAGAAGUUUAACCUGUAACGUGUAAAUGGUCAUGUGUUCCCUGCUCAGUUAAACUGAGCAUCUGACAAUGUGCCACAGCACUCAUCUCAAGCAGAGAUCCUUGUGUUCCAGCUACAUCGCUGAUGGCAGGGUGCACUAGCAGUGCUGCUCCUAGCCCAAACAGUGCCUCUGGAAUGCAAGAGAUAGCUGGGAUUCCUGGGGAUGUGGGUGCCUGACAGCUGGCAGCAGCAGCUGCUGCUCUGGGGGCUCACAGUGGAGCCAGCCACUGUGUUACAGGGCUGGGUUUCGGUCACUAGGGAGAGAUACCCAGUGGGAGCACAUGGCCAACUUCAGCCUAUGGCUAUGAAAAGCCACCAAAGUUGUGUUUCCCUCUUUCUCAGAAAGAAUAAUCAGUUUCUUCAUGUCCAUUCUGCCUUUGUGAUGGUAAAGGCCUGAGCUUCAAAAGACAGUGAAAAUGAAAUGAGCUUCAGUCUUCCCUUGCAAGGUACUCUAAAUUACACCACAGUAGCUGAGCAUUUCUACCCAGACUGGUAGCAUGUCACAGCUGCAAACCUGUGUGAAAGGCUGCUUAAAUCUGGAAAUCAAGAUGCUUUGAUGGGUACAAAAAUAUGUGACCUGAGAAUGUAUUUGUAUUUCAAAAAGAAGUGGUGAAGGGGAUGAAAGAGUAAGAGCAACACUAAUCUUGCUUUUUCCUAAGUUAUUGUGGGAAGGAGGAGGACAACAGCAGCUGGGACAGGGACAGGGAUGUGGCAUUGCUUGGGACACUGCAAGUCCAGCUGGCAAUGACAGUGCUAAGGCUUCAGGUCUGUGCCCCCAUCUGAGGCACAGUGAUCUCUUUUCCUUCACAUCUGCAGGAAUUACUCUGCAGAGGAUGUGCUAUGGGGAGGAAACGGAAUUAGAAACAUCUCUUCAGAGAGCAAAUACCCAAGGCUCAGGUAUUGGCUCCGACUAGGUGAGCCUUCAAUUUGGUCCAACUGGAGUGGAGUCCUGCCUGGAGCUGGCACCACAGAGGCAGUACUAAAACCUUUAAUUCUGUGUUACAAGUAAAUUACUGCAUAAACCAGACAUUAGUCCUAAGCUGGGUGUUUUACUGUCUGGAAAACUGGGAAUCCAUGACACUGGAAAUGGUAUUUUCCUAAAAUUACUGUCUGGAGGUUUCUAUAAACAAGAUGUCUCUUUUUAAAAAACCAAUCCAAUCAAAAAUGCAAAUAAACAUUGUUACUGUAACUUAAUAAAACUUAUUCAAGUGCUCUUCUCUUCACGUUGGAAAAAAUAAUUGAGCUUAAAUAAUGCAGUUUACGUGUAUAUCCCAGCCCUCUCCCAGAGAACUGUCAAACUCCUUACUCUGGACUAAAUCAAUCAGAUUCUGUUCUUGCCCCUCAUUCUUCAGCAUGCCGGCUCAGCAUCCCUCAGCCUUGUGUGAAUGGAUGGGUGGUGCAGGCCUAGGUCAAACCCACAGGCUGCCCGUCUGACCAUGGCAGUAGGCAGACAUCUCUCACCUGGCAACAGCUCUCCAAGGGACCGUAUGCUCCCAGAUAAAAAGCUGACAUUGUUUCCUCAUAGCACAUCCCAUGCUGACCCUUGUGCAGCAGCGCUUUCCUCAGUAGGAGUCUGCAGUCUGGCAACGUUGAGCUACCUUAAAAAACAGUGAUUGUUUCUGUAAAAGUCUGGCAAACUUCCCCCUGAUUAUGCACAACCUCCCACCGGAUGCUCAUGCUUUAAUACAUGCUCUGUUAAAAUAUCUGUGUCGUUGUAAUACACAAGAUUUGAUCCACCAAUGUUCUUUGGGGGCUAACAGUCAAA